AUGAUUCAAAGGAGAGAGAAUAGAGGAUCAGGAGAGGCUAGAGCAGAGGAUGGAGCAAGGAGUUAUCGAGGUGUGCUCUCUAAUGGCGUUGAAAGUCAUUCCCAAAAGAAUAAGGAUUCUGCAGGGUAUAUUGUUAAAGGAAAAGGUAAAAAAUAUGAGGAAUACGAGGCAAAACGGGUCCAGGGGUCGGAUAGGAGUAGCAGGAGGUCGUAUACCGAUCAUAAAUCAAGAAGGGAGGAGGAGGGAGUACCACGUAACCGUCAAUUUCGACGUCCACAAGAAAGAGGGGAGGAGCAGGAAGCGCAGAGGUGGUCCCAGCGUCGUGACAGAAGUGUUAGAAGUCCGUCUCGCCCUAGAACUGAUGAGCAGAGGGAAGAGGGAGAGAUAAUGGUGAUGGACAGGAAUGUGCAGGUUCUCCAAGAGGAGGAAGAUCGAAAUUUAGUGUCAGUAACUGAUCCCAUUGGCCAGGGAGCUGCACUGAAUCGAGAGAUUUCUUCCAGC